AUGGGCUUUCAGACCUUGGCGGCGGCGGCGGCAUCGGCGUCGGAGGGCGUCGUCGGGCUGGCCCCGUCGGAGAAGAUCAAGGCGAAGCUGAAGCGGACGCUGCCGGUGCGGGGCCCGCAGGCGCCCACCCUGCGCGAGCUGAUGCGCUGGUACUGCAUGAACACCAACACCCACGGCUGCCGGCGCAUCGUCGUCUCCCGCGGCCGCCUCCGCCGCGCCCUCUGGAUCCUGCUCACCCUCACGGCCGUCGGCCUCAUCCUCUGGUACUGCGCCCAGCUCAUCCUCAACUACUACAUGGCCUCCGUCUCCGUCACCGUCCAGUUCCACAAGCUCCCCUUCCCCGCCGUCACCAUCUGCAACAUCAACCCCUACAAGUACAGCGCCAUAAAAGGCCACCUGGAGGAGCUGGACAAGCAGACCAUGGUCGCCCUGGAGUCCCUCUACAACUUCUCGGGCAGCCCCUCCUCGCUCCGGGCCCGGCGGGAGGCAGACCCCCAGCCCCCCAGGAAGAGCGCCUUCCUCAAGCGCUUCCCUCUGAUGAAGAUGGACAGCCUCCGGAGCAGGACGGGCGUGGACUUGGCCACGGGUCACCGGCGGCGGGUUGCCAGCACGGUGGUGAGCCCGGAGGGCUCGACCAUGGUGAAGAACCCCAAAGACGUCGUGGGCUUUCAGCUGUGUGACUCCAGCGACAACGGCAGCUGCGCCCUGUACACCUUCAGCUCUGGGGUGAACGCCAUCCAGGAGUGGUACAAGCUGCACUACAUGAACAUCAUGGCCCAGAUCGACGCAGAGGAGAAAGUGCGGAUGAGCUACUCGGCGGAAGAGAUGAUUCUCAGCUGCUCCUUCGACGGCAUGUCGUGCGAUGCCCGGAACUUCAGCUCCUUCCACCACCCGCUGCACGGGAACUGCUACACCUUCAACAGUGGGAAGGGCGGUCGGAUCCUGAGCACAUCGACGGGAGGCAGCGAGUACGGACUGCAGGUGAUCCUGUACAUCGAGGAAGCCGACUACAACCCCUUCCUGGUGACGUCCACAGGGGCCAAGAUCGUGGUCCACGACCAGGACGAGUACCCCUUCAUCGAGGACAUCGGCACCGAGAUCGAGACGGCCACGGCCACCUCCAUUGGGAUGCACUUUACCAAGUCCACCCGCCUCAGCAAGCCCUACAGCAACUGCACGGAGAACGGGAAGGACAUCCCCAUCGAAAACCUGUACAACAAAAGCUACUCCCUGCAGGUGGAGGUUUCCGUUUCUCUGCGCCUGUCUCUGGACCGAUGCAAGACGCACUUCCUGUGUCUGCCUCCACGGAGGCUUCUGCCCCAGGAAAGCGGCCUGUCUUCCAAGGCCCCCCCCUCCCCCCGGGGCUCCUUGCCGGUGUACUGCUACUACAAACUCCACAACGACUUUGUGCAGGAGAAGCUGGGCUGCCAGCAGAUCUGUAAGGAGGCCUGCAGCUUGAAGGAGUGGACCCUCACUACCAGCCUGGCCCAGUGGCCGUCGACAGUGUCCGAGGAAUGGAUGCUGCGGGCCCUCUCCUGGAACCGAGGGAAGGACAGCACGGCCGUCUUGAACAAGACAGACCUGGCAAACCUCAUGGUGUUCUACAAGGACCUGAACGAGAGGCUGAUUGUGGAGAACCCAGCAAACAAUAUCGUCCUCCUCCUGGCCAACUUCGGGGGCCAGCUGGGCCUGUGGAUGAGCUGCUCCAUGGUCUGCGUCCUCGAGAUCAUCGAGGUCUUCUUCAUCGACACCUUCUCCAUCAUCUUGCGGCGCCGCUGGCAGAAGGCAAAGAAAUGGUGGCUUGGCCGGAGGGGCGGGGCAGGCCUGGAGCCCGGGCAGGGCCCCGAGGAGGAGGAGGAGGACGGCCGCGGCGGCUCCCGGGGCCACGACAACCCCGCCUGCCUGGGCGACAACGACCUGCCCACCUUCAACACGGCCCUCCAGCUGCCCCUGUCCCCAGAGGGCCUGGCCCCCCGGACUCCCCCACCCACCUACAGCACCCUCCACCUGGACAGCAGCACCUUCCGGGAGCAGCAAAUGGCCGACACCCGCGAGGGGGGACGGGCGCCCUGAGGGCGAUUCCGGGCACCGCACUGGGGGGGGGACAGACCCGACGGGCCGUUCCUCGGGACGAGCCGGCCCCAGUGCUGUGGGGUGGCGGAAGGGGGGGGCGAUGCCCUGCUGUGCCCCUGGCUGGAAUCUGGAACUGACCUUCGUCUUGGCUCCAAGAAGCCCAGCCAAGACCCAGGCGGUGCUCCAAAGGGGGCCGGGGGUGGGGAAGGCUCGUUUCCCCAGGGUGGAAAGGAUUCCUAUGCCAAGCUAGCUGGGGAGGAGGGGGCAUGGGGGGGAGCAACUACCUCUUCACUGGGGAACACCACCACCAUCACCACCACCGCCCUACAGACUGCAGACGGAUGUCUCUUCCGGCUCCUGGCAACACCUGUGGGGGGACCGGCUGCCCCCCCCCAGCGUGCCGGUGGGGUGAGGUGGGUGUGGGACUUUCCCCAUCCGCAGAAGGGCUGCGUGGGGCUUGGCGGGGAGGGGGGAGGAGAUGCUUCCUAUGUCCCAAAGAGAGCGAGUUGGAGAGAAUGUGCAGGAUACGCUUCGUGGACUUGCCGUUUGUGUCUGCGGAAUUACGUAGCAUCUGCCAAGGAUGGAGGCUGGGGGGGAAGUGUA